AUGGAGGCCUCGCGGCCCUCCUCGGUCCGUCGCACGGCCCCAGCGGCUGACGAUCGGGCCACCGAGCCGCCCCGCGAUCUGGGUGCUGUCCCGCAAGACGCGGCGGAUCUUGAGCGCCUGGCGACCUUCGUCCACUCGGCCAGCCCGGCCGACCAGUCGGCCAGCUUGACGGCCGUCAGCGAUCUGAAUGCCCAGCUGGCCGGCCUCCAGCCGAUCGCGCCGCCGCCCGCCGGGACCAUCGAUCAGCCGGCCGCCGCCCGGGCCGCCGUCGAUCCUGCUGUCGAUCUCGUCGCCGAUCCCGCCACGGUCGGUCCACUUGCCACGCCGGCCCCCGCGUCCGAUGCCGUGAACACGUCUCUGGAGUACCACCCCCCGCCGGUGAUGCUCAGUCCGGUUGCAUACCCGUCGCUGGCCGGCGAGCUGUCGGGCCUGGUUGAGCCCCAGACGUCGGCCCCGGCGAGUGCGGCCCUCAACGCGGCCACAUCUUCCGAGGCCGCGGCUGUCGCUGACGCCGUGGCCCCUGCCCCCGAGGUCGCUGACAUUCUCUCGUCCAUGGCGGACGUCCUGAGGGUCCAGGACAUUCCUGUUCCGCCGAUCGCCGCCGCCUACGACUCGGUGGCCCCAGACGAGGCGAUCGACAACACCCGCGCCCUCCUCGGCUCAUACUAUCACCAGCAGGGGCGUCGGUUUGCCCCAUGCCGGACGGACAUGUUUGAUGUUGUAUUUUGA